CUCUUUCCCUUUUCCAGCUCCACAAUCCCACCACCUCUUCCUCCCAUGCACCUCUCCCUUAUAACCCCCCAUCCUCCAUAAUUCCUCUGCUUCUUCAUUGAUUUCCUCUGUAGACAUUGGAAAACCACCAUGCAGAAGAAGAGGAGUACUCCAAUACUAAGGAAAGCAAUGGACCUCAUUGCUCAUUCCAUCACUCCAAUGAGCAAAGUGAGGAAACCCAAGAGUUUUAGGCUUCUCAAGCAUUAUAACUAUGCCUAUGUUGGAGAGUAUGAGUUCUCUCCUUCUAGUACUCCACUCUUUCAGCAUUCCAGAAGGGUGCCUGUAAAGAAGAGAAGUCUUCAUUUCCUUUGUUUUCUCUGUGGUGGUAGAGCUGGUUUCACUGACUCUAGUGCUUUGGAGUCCUUUUCUUUGACUGCUGAUGUUGUGGACUUUGAGUCACCUGAGCCAUUAGAGCUUGCUGGAGAGGAUGAUGAAGAUUCAGUGGACACUAGAGCUGAGAAGUUCAUUGAGAUGUUUUACAAGGAGAUGAGGAUUCAGAGACAACAUUCUCUCUCUGCAUUGUUUUGAUUUAUGCUGUGCAAGUUGCGGUUUUGUUUGCUUUAGUUUA